AUGUUUCCCUUCCAUCCUCAAGGAGCUCCCAAACACGCCUGCACUCUUCUCGCUGUGACCUGUGGCGGUAGUUUAGCCGAGAACAAGUCCUCACAGCAUCAGCGCAAAUAUCCUUUCCCGGAGCUAGUUUCGGCGGGGCGUCUUGAGGUCCAAACUCUUCACAAUCCGGAUAAGGAACAGUUUCUGAAAGUGCUGGAGUCUUAUCAACCAAAUUUUGUAUAUUUGCAAGGAGAACAGCUAGAGAAUGGAAAAGUUGGUUCGCUGGCUUGGCAAGGUGUGGAGUUAUCGACUUCUGAAGAUAUCAUAGAGCUCUUUGGUUUCACAUUGCCGACGGCUGUUUAUUUAGAAAUACCAAAUGGAGAAAGUUUUGCCGAGGCUCUGCAUCUUAAGGGAAUACCAUAUGUUAUAUUUUGGAAGAAUGCCUUUUCUUCUUAUGCUGCUUGCCAUUUUCGUCAAGCAUUUCUGUCAGUAGUACAGAGUUCAUCUACACAUACAUGGGAUGCUUUCCACCUUGCACGUGCCUCUUUUGAACUUUAUUGUGUCCAAAACAAUCAAGUACUUCCUACUGAUAGCCAUGAUACUAGUAGUGAGAUGGGACCACACCUUCUUGGUGAUUGUCUCAAAAUCAAUGUUGAACCUCCAGAGAUUGAUGAGGAAGAUGAUGACGAAAGCUCCUCAGGCACUCUGCCUGCCAUAAAGAUACAUGAAGAUGAAGUGAACUUGAGAUUUCUCAUCUGUGGUGCACCUUCGAUUGUUAAUGAGUCAUUGCUGAGAUCUUUGGAGGAUGGACUCAGAGCUCUCUUAGCUAUUGAAAUCCGUGGUUGCAAGCUCCAUGGCAAGUUUAGUGCCCCACCACCACCUCUUCAGGCAGCCACUUUUUCUCGUGGAGUAGUGACCAUGCGAUGUGAUAUAUCAACCUGUAGUUCUGCUCAUAUCUCACUUCUGGUAUCUGGCAGUGCACAAACUUGUUUUAAUGAUCAGCUCUUGGAGAGUCAUAUAAAAAAUGAGAUAAUUGAGAAGAGUCAACUAGUUCAUGCACAACUCAACAAUGAGGGAAACAAACAGAACAUCUCUGAACCACGCAGAUCUGCUUCUAUUGCCUGUGGAGCACCAGUAUUUGAAAUUUGUAUGAAGCUUCCUCAAUGGGCUUUGCAGGUUUUGAGACAGCUAGCACCUGAGGUUUCUUAUCGAAGUUUAGUUGCACUUGGCAUUGCUAGUAUUCAGGGGUUGCCUAUAGCUUCUUUUGAGAAAGAUGAUGCUGAGCGCUUACUUUUCUUCUAUCGAAGUUGUGAGAAAGAUAGUGGUAUGAACAAAAAUAAUAUAAUAUUUAGCAGCCCCCCUGGUUGGUUGAAACCACCCCCUCCUAGAAGAAAAAGUAGUGAACCAAGCCAAGGGGCUAGCCCUGGUCGUCAUGAAGGUGUCUUUGUUGGGCAGGGCACUGUUUGUAAAGUAAAUGAUGAAGAACAGGAUAGAAAAAUGGCGAAUGGGAUUAGCACACCCUUAACUCCUGCUAGACAGAGAUUAAAAGUAUCUGCAAUGAGGCCAAUUCCUCACAUUCGUCGCCAUAGAAUGACACCUUUUUGUGGACCUUCUGAGACAGAUGGUUUUGAUGGUGCCCAAGUAGAGGCUAAUUUGCCACUUGUUGCCCCUACAAAGCGAAGUGGUAUUGGAUCAACGUCUGCAACACACAGAAAAUCAUCAUUUUCAAGCGCAGCUCAAUCAAAGCAGGUUAUUUCGCUGAACCCAUUGCCCCUUAAGAAACAUGGUUGUUGUAGAGGCCCAGUCCAGACAUGCUCUGAGGAGGAAUUUCUUAAAGAUGUCAUGGAGUUUCUGAUACUCCGGGGACAUAAUCGACUAAUUCCGCAAGGAGGGCUUACUGAGUUCCCCGAUGCCAUACUCAAUGGAAAACGUCUUGAUCUAUACAAUUUGUAUAAAGAGGUGGUUACCAGGGGAGGAUUUCAUGUUGGCAAUGGCAUCAACUGGAAGGGGCAAAUCUUUUCAAAGAUGCGCAAUUACACCACGACCAAUAGAAUGACUGGUGUUGGAAAUACUCUGAAAAGACAUUAUGAGACCUACCUUUUAGAAUAUGAAUUAGCACAUGAUGAUGUGGAUGGAGAAUGUUGCUUGUUGUGUCACAGUAGCGCAGCUGGUGAUUGGGUGAAUUGUGGCAUAUGUGGUGAGUGGGCCCACUUUGGCUGUGACAGAAGGCAGGGUCUUGGCGCAUUUAAGGAUUAUGCAAAAACUGAUGGGCUAGAAUAUAUAUGUCCUCAUUGUAGUGUGGCAAAUUUCAAGAAGAAACAAAAUGUUGCUAAUGGGUAUUCUCAAGGUUCAGUGUCUUCACGAAUCCUUUGA